CUGGGAGUGAGAGAAUUUUGUCACCGUAUUUACUAUUGAUGGUUUUUAAUUAUUUAAGUAAAUGAUAUGGAAAUACAGUUUUAUAUAUAAGUUCAAACUACGAUUAGAGUCCCAAAAUGGUUGACUGGAUUACAAACGAAGCACCGAAAUGGAUUGUUGUGGUAUGAAAUUAGUUUGGUAGCAUGUUUGCCUGUAACUUUGUAACUGUAGGCUGUAACUUACACUAGUUAGUAUAAUAUCACAAUUAUCUCUGUAUGAUUGAUCUAAUAUCUAAUAAUUUAUACAGUAUCAGUGAAUGACUCGGUGAUCACUCAGUCUUCAGAGUGUAUCAUGAAUCAUGCUCACUCAUUAUUAUGAUUCCUGAUACUACACUGAUACACUGUACUCUGUACUGACAGUGUAGUCUAGGUCUAGAGAGUCUAGUCUAGGGCCUUGUACUUGUACUAAGAUUGAAAUAUUUCUUAAUUGACAACAAUCAAUAAAGUCUAACUAAAUGAGUAGGAGAGUCACUAGUACUUGACUUAGUAGAACCCUAACCUAAUAAGUAAAGUUUAUCCCAAAUACUUCAUUGUAGCAGUUGUUAUCAAUAAUCAUGUCCUCAAAAAAGAAUAACUUUGUUUUAGUAAUGCUUUUCCAUCAUGUGACGUUGACCAUAACUAUGGAAACUGUCUGUCUAUAGUCUAUAUAUUCAAUUUAAAACAAAUAUAUUUAAAAAUUCAACAAAUUUUCUAUAGUUUUAAAUUUUAAAAAUCGCAGAAAACACAACUCUUAAUCCACCAGGUCAUGUGACACUAGUCUCACACAAAACAAAGGUAAUUAAAAUGACUCCAUACCAAGAUGCUUCGCAAAAAUUUAUAUAGCACCAACAUUUUUUUGCAAUUAAUUUUUAGAUGUUGUUUCCUUUUUUUACGUGAAAUUAUAUUGGAAUGCACAAUUUGAUAAUCAUAUUUUAAUUUAAGUCAACUUAGGUAACAUUUUUAGGUAUUUUUUGGACUGGAACACAUCUCUCUUAUUUUUAAUGGAAAUUAAUGCAAGAUAAUAUGGAAUAUUUUACCUGAGAACAGGUUUCUUCAAUUUAAAAUUGUAUUUGGUCUGGCCUUAAUAUUUCGAUUAUAUUUAUUAUUCUCAAUCCAUGCUAUCUGGAAUAUGACUUUAACAAUUUUUUUUGUCAUCUACAGGGUUUAUGGCUUGUGAUAAAUGCAAUAAUCUUUGCUGUCACAUUUAUUAGCUAUCGUGAUGGUGAAGAGUAUUUCUACUUGCGCUCUUUGGUUGGGGUAAGCAUGUUAUAAAAAAAGCUCACAUACAGUAUUCACUAUUUCCCUAAUGUACAUUUUGAAUUGUUGGGGCUCAAACAUUAUAUUAUUUGUGAUGUAUUUCCUAGAUUUUAUAAAUCUAAUAGUGUAAAUAAAACACAUGGUUAACCCUUAUAACACCAAAAAAAGGUUAGCGACCCUUAUGUGGUGCUCACUGUUAUAGAUUAACCCUCUUGAGAUGGCUGGGCUGAUCUAUCUGCCAAGAGUGUUAAGGCAAAAAAGAUGAAAGGCUGAUCUAUCAGCCCAAUAAUAAAAUCCUAGAGAUUGACUGGUUGGUCUUUGUACCAGCUUAUCAGAUUGCUUCUCACAUUUCUUGCUAAACUCACCAUUUUUCUUCCAUUGAUAUUUUAUGGUGUUCUGACAUUUUAUAUCAAUUUUUUUUAACCUAUUGAAACCUAUAACUCCUUAAAAAAUAUGUGACCUUGAAAUAUAGUGAAAGCCAUAACAGCACGGUGAAUAUUUUAUGAAUGUUUUCACAUUGAAUCUAAUUCAAAUAUGGGUAAGGACUUAUUUAGACCUCAACAAUCAUAAAAUGUAACAAAAUUCUGCAAGUAAGAUAAUUUAUUCAAAGUCAUAAAAAAAAUUGCAUGCAUAAAUUAUGCAAAUCAGGAUAUCUCAUUUGCAUAACUGUUAAGAUUUCAGUUUGAUUUAUAAAGAUCAUAUUAGUUUAUUUAAUACCCUACAAGAAUAUAUAUAGUUUUUUAUAUCCAUUUUUUUACAUUGUAAGUGCAGGGCUUGUGACAAGCAUCCAUCUUUUUGGCACAGACAGUUCAAAAAGACUCUGUCUUGAUAUAAGCAGUGGAGAUAUAAACUGAUAUAAACUUCAUUAAUGAAGUCACGGGGGGGGGAGGGGGGGGGCUGAAUUUGUGUUGAUGUGUGAUUAAAUUGACUAAUUAGUUUUAUUUGUUUUACAAUUAUUUGAUGCUUUGGGGGGAUGGGUAAAAAAAUAUGCCAAAGUAGUGUGAUGUCAUUUAUGGAUCACCCCUUACUUCUAUCACUGAUUGUGCUUUAGAAUAAUCUUUUCUUUUUUUCAAAUUGUUAAACUCUAAUAUAUUAAAAGGUAGUCUUAACCAUCCCAUGAAACAAAAUGUAAUAUUUAUAAAGUAAGCAUGCCCAAUUUUCAGUUGUUACAGAGCUUAGCAACUUAUCUUGAACAGUAAAAUGUAAAAGUAUAAGAUUAUUCAUCAGAUAUUGUUAUAUAUUAAUAUAUAAGUAAAUAUUCAUAAUCUUAAACAUAAUUCAUCCACAGACUUCAUUAUGCUGGGCUCGAGGCAGUGCAGCCUGUCUAAAUUUUAAUGUUAUGCUCAUACUUCUUCCUGUAUGUCGGAAAAUUUUAAGUUUUAUAAGAGGUUCUUGUAAGGUAAUAUAGAAAUAAUUUUGUUCCAUUUUUUAAUUAAUUUUUUUAAUUAACUGAAAUGAAUGCUUUCACUUUCACUUAAGUUUUUAUUUCUUCAGAAAGUUGAUAUUGGAGGAUUCAUAUUAAAAUACUUAAGUUUAACAAUUAUUUUUAAUGUUCUAGAGCUGAAUAAAUAAGUAUUAUUUCCAUUGGCUAUUAUGAACAUUUAUCUAGAUCUGAUUUUCUAUUUGCUAUUCAUAUAAAAGCUGUAUUAAGGAUAAUGGGAAAUCAAAGUUUUUAGAAUCUUAUAAAUUAUAUUCUUCAAUUCUUCUUGGCUAUUUUAACAUUUCAUAUAAAAUUGCAUAACAAAUAAUGUUAGUGGCUAACAAAAUAAAUGACAUCCAAUCUUUAAAUCUUUCCAAAAAUUUUGGUUAUAUUUAGUUGUAAUUUACCUACAUUUUUUGUUCCAGUGUUGCCCAAGACCGCUGCGCAGACAGUUGGAUAAAAGCAUUACUUAUCACAAAUAUAUAGCGUAUAUGAUUUGUAUUCAUUCAGGUAAUGAGAAUUUCAAAAUGGCUCUAUCAAUAAUUUACCAAUAUGGGUAGUUGGUUUUAAAAGUAAACUUUAUAGUUCAUGGGCAUAUUAGUUUUAUUAGAGAAUGUCAUUUUUUGAAAAUUCAAAUGCUUUUGGAUGUGACUUAGCCAACUAACCAAAAUUAUUAAUUUAUAUGUUCAAAUGUUUCAGCUAUUCAUAUUGGUGCUCAUUAUUUUAACUUUGAGAGGCUGGCAGAUGCUCAGUUAGCUCGAGAUGAUGACAUUAGAAAUUAUCUCAGCCGUCUACCAAAAACACCAAAUGGUUCUUGGAUCAACCCUAUUAGAUCAGCAGAUCCUGUGAAUAUUAUUGCUUUUAUGAUCUGAUUGUUUCUAUGAAUGAAUGGGAACAUACUUUUAGAUUGUAUGGCUGAAAUGAAAUUAUUUUAAAAGUUAGCGAUUCCUACAAGUUUUUGGCUACAUAUGUUUAUCUUCAGUCCCUAGCUUAUCAUCCAAUCUAUGUGGAUGUUAAUAUCUAUUAAAAAUAUAAAUUAAAAAAAAACAGUCAUGUAAAAUUUCAAGGGCCUAUAAAAGGAAUAUUCAUCAAAACUAUUUAAUCAGCAUGGUUAAAUUCAAAGUAAUUUAUUAAACCGUUUUAAAACACUAACACCAGAGAACUAAGCACUGUCUGAGAGAAACCUAGAACAUUAUACAUGAACUAUUGCAAUAAUUAUGUUGAGGCGUAAUUUAUAUGCUCAAUUUUUCAUUGACAUUACAUAAUUUUUUUAUUUUUAAAUGUAGGACCCAACCAAGGAAAUUUUUAAGACUGUAGCUGGAAUCACUGGUGUUGUUAUAACCUUGUGCCUUAUUAUUAUGGUUUCAUCUUCAACAGAAAUUGUCCGGUUAGUUCCAAGUUUUUCUGGUUAUGUUUUUUUAUACAUUUGGAGUCUUUCAACCCUUAAAGAAAAUUUGAUCAGACAAAUUUACCAGUUUAUACUUCACAUUUUUUUCAGAACCUUUAUUUGGUGUUGCCACAAGUAAAAAAGAAAGUAGUAAUUUUACAAACUUUUGAUCUUUAAAUUUUAUCUAAAACUCAAGAAAAGUCAUGUUGAAAACUUUUGAGUACAAUACAAGAGAUAGUUAAGAUUUUUGAUGUGGCAAUGAUUUAGUAAAAAGAAUUUAUGAGAUAUUUCAAACAUUACAGCUUUAAUUUAAUUGUGUUAACUGUCUUUACAUAUGUGUUCCUUAUGCUGCAAAACUUUGUAAGUUUAGUGUCCACAAUUUUGGGCAAGCUUUUAAAAUUUGUUUUGCUGCUUUUAUAUUGAUACAUCAAAUUUGAACAGCUUAAGCCAAAGUGUCAUAAAGUUGAGAGUUUUUAAAUUUUUUUUUUUUUCCAGCUAAUUAUUUUGAGGGUGAGUCUCAAUACCUUUUGAUUUUGUUAGCCUUAUGUUAAUUGCAAUUCCUGUUUUGUUGUUAAUUGUGUUGUAUUCCAGGCGUUGUUACUUUGAAGUAUUCUGGUUCACUCAUCAUGUCUUCAUUAUAUUUUGCCUGGGAUUUUUUAUACAUGGAGCUCAGUAAGUUGGACAUUAGAGCAGUUCAUUACAAAAAUAUAACACAUAACUUAUUAAUAUUAGUCUUUAGAUUUCAUUAGUUUCAAAUUGAAUGAGAGAAAAAUUAGUGGGUUGAAAAAAUUAGGGCAUAAUCAAGGAAAAAUAUAAAUUAAAAAUUUAGUCUUUUUAUGAGUUAUUACUGUAUUUUUAAAAAUAUAUUAGGUUUAUUAUUUUUUUUUGUUAAGUUUCAAUUUAAUUUUUGAUAGUUGGGGAACAAGAGCAUAUAAUUUCACCCAAAAGAAUUUAAUAUACCUAAUCCCUUUUUUCAGACGGAUAAUUCAUAGGCAAAUUAACCUUGACACACAUCCAAUUGAAAAAUGUGCAGAUAAAUAUAAAACUUGGGGUACAGGCCAGUGUGCCAUACCAGAGUUUGAAGGCGCUUUCCCGAAAGUAGGUGGCAAUAUUAUUGUAAAAUAUUUUUUGAAACUACAAUGUUUUUUAACUCUAUGAUCGUCAUGUGAGUUCUGUUGCUAUAAUUAUGUAUUUGAAAUUAUAUCAUGGGACUUUUGAGAUUAACUCUAAGGCCUACAUACUAAAUUUUUUUAUUUAAAAACUUUGUAUCUGUAACGUUAACAAAAACAUUUGAUCAAAUAAUUGUGUUCCAUAUUUCAGGGUUGGAUUUGGCUCCUUGUGCCUACGGUUAUAUUUCUUAUAGAUCGUUUUGCUAGUUUCAUCAGUAACUUCCAGAGGGUGGAGAUAACAAAGGUUGAAUUUAACUUACUUUAAUUCCAUACUUUAACAUAAAUAAUGGACCAGUUAAUCAGGUUUUAAACACAUUUUAACUAACACUUUUAUCUUUUAAAUUAUUUUAAUUACUUUUUGUUCCUAAUUUUGUAAUAAAUAAUAUAAAUAAAUUUAUUAACACACAAAAAUUAAAUAUGUCAGAGAAUAUUCACAAUCUUCUCUUCCUUACAGAUAGUGACGCAUCAAUCUCGUGUUUUUGAAAUUCAGAUGCAGAAAAAAGGUUUCAGUGCAUCUCCAGGGCAGUAUGUAUUGAUACAAUGUCCAAGUGUGUCUCGUCUAGAGUGGCAUCCCUUUACUUUAACCUCUGUAAGGAGAUCUAGUACUUUAUUCUUAAAUGUUAUAACAUAAACACAAAAAUACAAAGUACUAAUCUGCAAAUUGCCUACCAAAUAUUUUCCAAAUGAAAAUGAAAUAACUUAAAAAGUUUAAAAUGUUCCUAUGUUGAGUUAUCUUUUUUUUUUUAAAAACAGGCUUCAGGGGAUGAUUACUUCUCAGUUCACAUUCGUCGUGUUGGAGACUGGACAAAUGCAGUAGCUAAGCUGUGUUGUGUUGAUGAAGGAGAAUUAAGAGACACUUCAAAAUUGCCAAGGUUAAGUUAUUUUUUAGGAUUAGUGUUUUUAUCUAAUAACUGAAAUUUGUAUUAAAAUAACAUAUUUUUAAUUAAGAAACAAAUUUUAUCAGAGUGACUAAACUGAGCGACAUAAGAGAUAAUAUCUAAAAUUUAGUUUGACACAACCUGAUAUGUUAUGAAUGGCUGCACCUUAAAAUGGUAUAAUUAAAAUUUAAUGAGUUCUGGUUUCAGGAACACGAAGAAGACUUUCUUUUUAAAAAUUGGUGUUUUUAGUAUUUUAGUAGCCACAUUUACUCUUCAAGAAUUCUAAAAAAUGAUCAUAACUCUGCCAUUUAUUUUCAAACUGUUUUAAUUUUAUUUAUUUAUUUUAAACAAUAUAAAUUUAUAAAUAUAAUAUAAAAUGUAAGGGCUGAAACACCAACAAUUUAUCCAUUAAACAUUUAUUUUUCCAGGUUAAAAGUUGAUGGCCCUUAUGGGACAGCUACAGAUGUAUGUCAAACAUUUGAUUUUAGAAAAGAACAAUAUUACUUUUUAGUCAGCAAAGGGUGUAAAUAAUAUAAAAAAUUCUUUGCCCCUUUGGGGAUAGAAUUACACUGAAUAAAUCUCUGAGAACAUCAAUUUAUAAUUUUCAUGAAUCAUUAUUCAUGAUAAUGUGCAUCUUGGAUUUACGAGGGUGGGGGGGGAAUAAGUUAAGUCCACCCUCUCGCUUAAUGGUAAUGAGCCCACAGCUAAACCUCUGCCUUGAGAUUCCACAAAAACAUUCCAAUUUUUUUUUUAACUUAGGUGUUAUUAUUUUAUACAACUGAAAUUAUGUGAAUUAAAAUUUAAUUUUUUUAAUAUGUUGUAACAUUCUGUAUCAUUAAUAUAAUGACAAUUUGAACAUUUUUGCUAGCCUUAUUACACCAACUUUAUUUUAAAACAUUACUAAAAUUAGACAAUUAUGUAACAUUAUUAUUAUUGUAUUUUGUAUAGUAAAUGAUUCAAUAAAUACAUUUCUAACUAUUGUUUCUAAUUUGUUUCCAUCAGGAUGUCCUAGCAUAUGAUGUGGCAGUGCUGAUUGGCUGUGGCAUUGGUAUUACUCCAUUUGCUUCUGUACUCAAGUCAGUUUGGUAAGACAGCUCAAGUAUAUGGCAUCACUAUAGAUACUAAGGCUAAAACUUAAAUGUUAUUGGCUGAGGCAUAUAAAACUUAGGCUAAAACUUAAAUGGUGUCGGCUGAGACAUAUAAAACUAAGGCUAAAACUUAAAUGUUAUUGGCUUAUACAAAACUGUGUUGAAUUAUUAUGAGAUCAUUAAAAGUUAUCUGUGUAUUCUCAAUAUUAUAAGUUCUUUACCAGGCAACCCAUUUAACCUCAGAAUGGAGACUUAGGGGACCAGUCAAAAUUUGUCAUAUUAUCUUGUAUGAUAGGUACAAGUUUUGCCAUCCUAAUGAAACACUGCCUCUUAAACGCGUUUACCUCUACUGGGUGUGUCCCGACACAACAGCAUUUGAGUGGUUUCAGGGUCUGCUCCUCGAUUUGGAGCGCCAGAUGAGAAUGAGAAAUACUGAGAAUCUCUUGCGUUACUUCAUCUACCUGACAAAAGGCUGGAACUCAAAUCAAGUAUGGUGUUUUCAUGAAUCUAAGUAUUUUCUUUAUUAUAGCUUUGUCCAAAUAUAAACAGCAGUGGUCACAUUCUUUCAAUUAUACACACCAUCAUGAACAUAGCACUCACUUCAGAUUCUCAAAUAAAAUACUUACUUAUUAAUUUCAAUUGCUGGUUCUUCUAGGCCAGAAAUAUAAUCCUUCAUGAUGACAUGGCAGAUUAUGAUGCUGUGACAGGAUUACAUCAGAAGACACAUUAUGGCAGACCACAGUGGGAAACUAUAUUUAAGGAACUGGCCACUUCACAUAAAGGGUAGAGAAUUUUUUUUUUAAAGUGAUUUUAUUAAAUUAUAAUUAUUCACACAUAAUUCACAUAAAAAAAAUUAGGUAUCAUUGUAAUUGUACUUUUAAAACUGCUGAAAAUAUUUUCCUAAGCAGAUAAAUUUUAGAGGUUGAGGUUACCACCAUCUCAUGCCUUUUAACAGAGUUGAUAAGAUAACAAGUUUUAGAGGUUGAAGAUACUGUUGUCUAAACUUUAACAGAGUUUAUAAGAUAACAAGUUUAUCAAAGCAAAAUAUUUUUGCAAAUUUUAAUACAUGAUUUUAUUCUCUCAAUAACAGACAGAGUACAGGUGUAUUUUUCUGUGGUCCCAAGCCUCUGUCAACAAUUUUACACAAGAUGUGCAAUAAGUUCUCCAAAUCAGAGGAGAAAACCAAGUUUUACUACAACAAAGAAAACUUUUAAUGCUGUAGUUAUUAGGCAAUUACUAUUUUAAAUUGUAAUGUUAAAUACCAAUUAUACUUUCCACUUAGACAAUUCCCACAGAAUCCAACUUUGCAUAUGCAAUAUGUAGAGCAUAAAAUAAACAAUCAUUGUAAGACAAUAACAUAUUGAAGCAUAAUAAUUUAGUAAUUAACUCUGAUGUUAUACUUGAUACUUCAGACCUAAAAUGUUUUUAUGGUAUGUUGUUUUCUUGUUCAAGGGGCCAUCCACAAAAUCCUGGCAUUUGAAUAACUUCCCCUCUCCAAUGUCCACCUCUGUCCUAAUUGAUAAACUUCUCCUCCCCACUCUCUUCUUCUUGAUGUCCACUGCACAUUCUCCCGGAUAUUGAUACAACACAGAAAUCACUGCACAUUGCAUUGAUACAACACAGAAAUCACUGCACAUUGCAUUGAUACACAGAAACCACUGCAGAAACUUAUUUAUGUUUGAACUUGAUGUGUGUCUACGGCCUCCAAAUUUUAUGAACUAUGAGGUUUUUGAGAAUAUGUUUGAAUGUUGACAAAAUUUUAGAACAAGACCUUCAAAUUCAAAAGAGGUGCAGUCCCUUGAAAGCACAUUUAAAUCAUUGAACUUCAGGUGAUACAAAAAUUCCACUUGUACGGUUGGACAAAAAUUUAAAGAUUGAUACGCUAGACUGAAUUUUUCGGGAGGCCUCUUGUGGCAUGCAGAUUGGAGGUUUAAACUUAAACCCCCCUCACCAAUGUUCCCUUUAAGCUGCGCGGCCGUGCAGCAAUCUCACAGACGCCGCGCAGCAGUUUUGAGUACUGCGCAACUAAUUUCCACUUAAGUUUGUUUUUGUGUCCAUAGGCUGAAAAUUUUGCGCGCAAAAAAAUUGAUCCUGUACAAAUUUGCACACAACUUUAUGAUUUUGCACUCUAACCAACAAACCUUAGAGGGAACAUUGCCCCUCACUUUCUCUGUCCAUAUUUUAUGUUUACUUUGAUUAUUGAGCAUGCCAGAAUCCCUUCAUCUGACAUCUAUGUACUUCGAACAAGCCAUAAUCCCUUUUUCUUACAUCUAUUUGCCAAUAUAUUACCUGUGCUGAUGCCUUCAGGUCUUUUCAGAGUGACAAUGGCGACAGGACCAAACUUAGUCUCACAAACCAUCCUCAGUCUCAUAGCCAAUCAUUUUUUCCUUUGAAACCAUGCCAUUCUCCUCGCUGACCCUGACAUCCACAACUUUUUCUCUUCGCCCACCUCUCAGUGUUUUCAGACAUGAUAAAAAUCUGUGUGACAUCCUUGUGAAAAGUCACAUUAAUGCUCCCACUUUGGGAUCAAGCCAUGUGAACGCAUCUGUUGCAACACUUGCCCUUUUGUCAUCCAGACUUAACACAUUCCCUUCCCGAAGGGCAGAUAAGGGAUGGUUUCAUUUGUAUUAGCAGUUGUUGUCUACGCCAUUAUUUGCACCCGCUGCCAGAUGUCAUAUCUAAGUGAGACAGGACACCGACUCUCAGACAGAUGUACAGAACACCUCCAUAAUAUUACGCAAUAUAAGCAGUGUCCCAUCUUUAAACUAUUUAAACACUUCAGUAGAAGUGACCACAAGGGUUCAUAUGAUUUUACUAUCAGCACAGUUAUGUCCUGUACAAACAAACCAACCCGGGUGAAUUAUGGAACCUUGACACAAUAUGGCAUGAAUGUUAUGUUCUAAUUAACCAGGUAAAUCUUUUCCCUCCCCCUCCUCGUUAGUCCAUUCGUAGUGGACUUAACUUUUCCUCUCUUCUGUCUCUUUGCCUGUAUUCAUUAAUCUCUCACCUACUUAUGUUCUGUGACAUUCCUCUUCCUCUUAGAUACUACAUUACCGCUAAGUGUUAAUUUUAUUCAAUUCUGUUUUUACAGUUGUUUGUUUGCUGAUGAAGGCUUCUUGCCGACAUUCAUUGUUUUUUUUUCCCAUUCUUUUGUUUCAGGUUUUCCCAUACACUGUUUCGCUCAUUUCCUUUUUUCUAACCUGAUUGCAGUCUCUCCCCCUUAUUACCAUCUUAAUGGUACCAAUGUAAGAUUUUAAUUAAUGUCCUAUUCUAUUUUUUUUUCUUUAUAUACUGGUACUGACACAUAAUUAAAAUAACAUUUUUUUUGUAAUACAGUACCAUAUACAAUAUUUUUGUGUUACUCAUCCAAUCCAAUGACAUAGAAAUAACAUAAUGCACUUCUGUGCUUAUUCAUAUAAAAAUAUGAGAUUGCAUUGUUAUGUAAAAGGCUUAAAAAUGGAAAGAAAAUUGUGGGUAUUAUUACCGAGUGUUAUUAUUCAGGAAUUUUUUUGGUAACCAUUUUAUUCAUGUAUUGCGGGAAUCUUUGUAGAAUAGUUUGAAUAGAAUACACAUAGGCCCCUUUUCCUGGCAAUCAAUUCCAAAUGUUUCAACACAAAGAAUCAUUGCCUUCUUUUAUUAUUAUUCUUUGGUUUUUUUCCUGGAAAAAUGUAUUUUGAAAAUUUUUAAUAAAAUAUAUUUUUUUUACAUACAUGUACCAUGGUGAAUUUGCAGAUUAAAUUUGAAAAAUUAUCAUGUGUAUCAUCUAUCUUAAAUAUCAG